AUGACUGAGUGUAAAGCAAUAACCACGUGUCCAUUAAAUGAGUUUUGUAUCAUUGAAUCAAAUGACAGGAAUGGUGAAAUAUAUUUCAAUAGUGGAUGUCAGACAAAAUAUGCUUGUGACCUGGUGGCAGGAACAGGUAACAUUUUUGGGAAACGAGAGAUAAACGGCCCAAGACCAGGCUACUGCAAAAGAUGUUGUGCCGGAGAUUUAUGUAAUACAGAAUGUAGUAUAGAUUUGAAGACAACAUCAUCAGUCACGACAACAAAGACGACAACACCAGUCAUAAAAACAAAGACAUCCAUAGUAGUCACAACACCAGAGACGACAGUCAAACGUCUCAAUUGUGAUGAUCAUUCAACCUGUGGUUACCUGGUGAGUAAGCUUGGUGUUUGUGAUGAUCAGCAUGGUAUAGAUAUUUGUCCUGUAUCCUGCGGAAGAUGUAUCCCUACGACGAUAAUGACGUCACAGUGUACAGAUACAUCCACUAAAUGUGAUUAUCUAAACAGGACAUUCAGCAUUUGCCAGAAUCCAGAUGCAGUGAAAAAUUCCGGUUGUAAAAAGACAUGUAAUUACUGUGACCUUUGUGGUACAGUGAACCCUUGUCUAAAUAGUGGUGUAUGUGAAAAAGACGGAUUUUGGUUCAAAUGUAAAUGUUUGUAUAGCUAUUACGGAAAAUACUGUGAACAGCAGCAACCAGAUUCAUUGGGAACGAAAUUUUACCUGGCUUUCCUGGCGAGCUUUGGUACUCCUCCUUCAUAUGCACAGCUGUAUAUUAUUUCUGAUCAUAACGGAACAUGCAUCAUACGUAUUCCGUAUCUACAUAUAAACACAUCAAUGCCUGUAAUAUUCAACGAUGUGAGUCAAUAUCGUAUAAACAGCAGCAUUCUGAUGACGACGCAAGGAAUACAAAACAAAGCAAUAAUAGUUCGUUGUGACGUUCCUGUAUCUUUAUACGGAAUGAAUUAUGCGAAUGUAGUCACCGAGGGCUAUCUUGGUAUUCCCCAGAAUGGACUUGGAAGCAAAUACAUUGUGUCAUCUUUCUCUCAAGAUAAGUCAGAGUUUGGAAUUAUUGCUCCUAGUAAUGAUACUUUUAUUUCGAUUAACUUAAGAUUGGAGUCUGGUGACUUGAAGUAUAAUGGAAACACGUACCGUCCAGGUGAUUUAUUAAAUAUAACAAUGUUCAAAGAUGAAACAUUUUAUUUAUCAUCCGACAAUGAUCUGAGUGGUACAAUAAUUUCUUCAACCAAACCCGUUGCUGUUGUUUCCGGAGUCAAAUUAAGUUUCAUGAACGACGAAUACUCAAACCAUAUGACAGAAAUGAUUUUGCCCCACAAACAUCUUGGCAGAAAUUUUAUAGUUCCUGUGUUGUAUAAUUCACAAUGUAAGUAUAGGAUAUUCGCGGACAGUCCCUCCAGUUUAACGAUCCAGCAGGGUAAUUACACUAUAUCUGGAUUCAAGAAAAAUAUAACUGCAGGACAGUAUAUGGAGGUUAAUUCUGACAAACCAACAACCUUUAGAUCAUCCUCUGGUAUCCUUGUUCAACUUUACUGUGACUCACAUGGUCUAUCCUACGAGUCUGUGAUGGUUACUCUGCCUGUCAUUAGUCAUUUCAAAGCAGGCUACUAG